CCGGGCCCCGCCCGACUCUUGCACCUUACAGCGGAGGCCCGAACGAGCCCAGUGGUCUUCCGCAACUGAUCUGCUCUUAGGACGAGCCCCGGGCCUAGGGUCUUAGGCAGAUUUGAGAAGAGGAAAUCCCAGACCUGUGAAACUGGCACACCCGGGAUGGAGCGCUCCGGAAGGCCGUUGGAAGCGCUUUCCGUGCAGCCAGUGGACACAGUCGGAGCUUGUAUCCCGCUGCGUCCCGCCCCGAGGCGGUGCUACCCCAGGCCCCGCCCCCCGACACCACUUCCGGCUCAGCGGAACUCGGAGUUCGGGGUGAGGUUGCUUGCGGACCUUGUCUGUGGUCUCGGACAAGGAGGCCCCAUGAGUGAGGCGCCUCUGGUGGGCUACAGCAGCAGCGACUCGGAGGAUGAAGCUGAGGCCGAGGCCACGGGGCGGAGCAGGCCGGGUUACGGGGACCGCCGUUGCGGCCAGAGCUCCCUGCCCAGCCAGAGGCUUCCGGUACCUGAUAGUGUGCUGAACAUGUUCCCUGGCACAGAGGAGCCUGAGGAUGAUAGAGCAAAACAUGGAGGACGUGUGCGCACCUUUCCUCAUGAACGGGGAAACUGGGCCACCCACAUCUACAUACCAUAUGAAGCUGGGGAGGAGUUCCUGGAUCUGCUUGACACGUUGUUGCCCCAGGCCCAGACCUGUGUGCCCCGGCUAGUGAGGAUGGAGGAAUUCCACCUCAGCCUGUCUCAGAGUGUCGUUCUCCGCCAUCACUGGAUCCUCCCUUUUGUCCAGGCGCUCAAAGACCGGAUGGCCUCCUUCCAGAGGUUUUCCUUCACUGCUAACCGUGUAAAGAUUUAUACCAACCAAGAGAAAACCAGGACCUUCAUUGGGCUUGAGGUCACCUCAGGGCAUGCCCAGUUCCUGGACCUGGUUUCAGAGGUGGAUAGAGUCAUGAAGGAAUUCGACCUCACCACUUUCUACCAGGAUCCCUCCUUCCACAUCAGUCUGGCCUGGUGUGUGGGUGAUGCACGUCUCCAGCUGGAAGGACAGUGCCUGCAGGAGCUGCAGGAAAUCGUGGAUGAGUUUGAAGACUCUGAGAUGCUGCUCCGUGUGCACGCCGAACAGGUGCGCUGCAAGUCUGGGAACAAAUUCUUCUCGAUGCCUUUGAAGUGAACACCACCUCCUUGGUCGGGGCCUGUCUGCAGGCUGGAUACAACCUGCUUCCCCAUCUAUGGAGGUGCCUUCAGCCUACUCGGGCAUUUACAGCUGUCCCUGUUGACUGCUUCUCUCCUGGUCCCUUUGAGAGUGAUGUUGGUUGCUGCUCUUGAGCCAUUCCCAUAAAUCACCAGUAGAGGGCAGCCUGGGCCUUCUAAUUCUUCUGGACUAUUGUAGAGAAAGAAAAAAAGCAUUGUUAAAGGGAGCCCACCCAUUCAGCAGAGAAUAUCUCCUGUGGCCCCUGUAGACCAUCUCCUCCCCUCGGAAGCCAUUUAUAUUGCAAUGCUAUUGGUCUCACACCAGGUUUUACAUUCAUCGUGCCUUGCCUCACCCUCUCUCCUGGAAGUGUGCCACCUUUCUCUCCUUUUCUCUCACCAGUAUUAUGCCAGCAGAGGCCAUCUCAGGGCCAGGCACAGGGUGCUAAUUUGUGGUCAGCAUCAGUUUUCUCCAUUCCAUUCCUUCCUCCCACUCUCCCAGCCAGGUGCCUGGGGAGAGGCAGGCAGAUGUUUCAUUUUGGCUUGCAUGUGGCUGGCUGCCCAGCCUCCAACACUCUGACCCCUAGCUUCCCCAUCAGCUUUCCCAAAGAGGCAGAGAGGAGCCUUCUUCCAGUCCAGAUCCUCCUGCUGCUGUGGCUUGAGCAUUCUGAGGGGUGUGGCCAGAGGGCCCAGCUGCACAAGACUUUCAUUUUUCAUCAGGCUCUCACUAGAGCAAAGGACCGGUCCUCCCCAGUUGUCAUGGGGAUUUCUGGUGAUAGAUGAAGAGAUAUUUUGUUACAGUUUUGAAUUACGUCAAUAAAUAAAACUUGUAGUUUU